UCAUUCCUUGACUGAAGCUCAACUGUACGCCAAAUUUCUACCCCUCAACACCCGUUACAUAUACAAUAAUGGCAUCAAUCGCAAGGACUCUAAGGCCAUGCACCUCAAAAAUUACAUUCAGCGCGUUUAAGACUGUUCCAUCAUGGCGAUCCUCUUCUUUUGGAGCUGUUCGAGCUUUCUCAUCAUCUAGGACUGGUGAGUUCAUCUUCUUAUCAAAAGUCAUCCGAUGCCGGGCCUAUUUUACAGAAUUCAUUCGCAGACUGAAGAAGUUGGGCAAUUCUUUCAACAGACUUCACACUUUGGCACAUGCACAUUUGUAUUUAAUCAUGGGCAGAUUCAGCGGAUAUCAAUCCUGCCAGUACUGUCUCAAUGUCCACUAUACCUACUAACAUCCUCUUUCUUCAACAGCUUUGAGCAAAAGAUACACCAAAGAUCACGAAUGGGUUCUCCUCUCUCCCGACAACAAGACUGGCACAAUUGGUAUUAGUGAUUAUGCCGCACACGCUCUUGGUGAUGUCGUUUUUGUCGAGCUUCCCACAGUCCCCAUGGAAGUCAGCGCUGGUGAUGCCAUUGGCGCGGUAGAAUCUGUCAAGAGCGCAUCCGAUAUCAACAGCCCUAUUACUUGCAAGAUUGUGCAGGCAAACGCGAUGUUAGAGGAAUCCCCAGGCACUAUCAAUAAGGGUCCCGAGGAUGAAACAAGUGCAGGAGGCUGGGUUGCCCGGGUCGAGGUUGGGGAACAGGGCAUUAAGGAUUUGGAGGGUUUGAUGGAUGAGAGUGCUUAUAAGGCAUUUACUGAAGAAUCGUGAGCGAUUUAUGAGCUGGCAUAUGACAUGGGAUGAUGGCAUGAUGGCAUGAUUGCAUGGAUGAAUGGGGCAUAGAUGGAAAAUUCAACUCAACAUUGAUGAAUGGGUAUUUGGGAGUGGAGUUUAUUCAACAAACAUGGGCGCUGAAGUGGAAUGAUAUUGGAUUAGCUACAUCCAUAUAUGUAUGCAGCCUUUAGUCUC